AUGGCUUCUUCCUUGUCACUCAGCCCAUCCUUCUCACUCACCCGUCCAGUCGAUCGGAAAUGGUUUGCCGGAUUUCAUAAUUAUCCGUUCGUCGGGAAAUUGACGUCUGGAUCUUGUUCUUCUGCCCAAUAUUGUAGCUAUAGAUUUAACUCCUCCUUUUAUCCCAAAAGCAUAAGUACGUUGACCGAGCCUAUAUUAUCUUCACCUUUACCGACACAAAACCCAUCAUCCGCCUCAUCUCCUUGGCUUAUGCUGCCGCCCGCAUUUGACGUCGACGUUAACGGCGCCGCCAGCAGGAGCUACAAAUUCUACAGCCUCGCCGACAACAAAAUCGUAACCCUAAUUACCGGAAAAAACAGCACAGAAGAAUUAACUAAGCCUCUCAUGUGCUUUAGGGGAUCUUCACACGGCUGGGUAGUUUUGUACGACCGCCGUAGCCUGGAAUUGUUUCUUUAUAACCCAAUUACCCGUCGCCAUAUAAUCCUCCCUCCUUUUGAAGGAGUAGAUAAAGUCAUACUCUCGUGCUCCCCAGAUGAAAAUGGACCAAAUUGUCGGGCCAUCAUGAUAUACAACAAUUGUGGGCUGGCUUUAUGCUGCCCAGGGUUCAGCAAGGAGUGGACCCACAUCGGACAUCACCAUGAAGAUUCGAGCCGAGACUUUUCUGAAUGCUACGUGGAUUGUGUCUACUCGACAAGAGACGAAGCAUUGUUUAGCCUCACGAAUAACUUCGGGAAAAACGGCAUGUUGGAAUCUUGGGAUCUUCGGGACAUUCAGCCGCCGAGGGCUGUAAAGAUAGCCGAGCUUAGUUGGAAACACGGACGUCUCGGCCUCCCGAGGAGGACAAAGAGAGAGGAGAAGAAGAAGAAGAUGAUGUGGUUGUCGAAUGAGCCAAAGGAGCAUUUGGUAGUGGCCGGGGAGGAUCUUCUUGUGGUGACUCAGCACGUGGUUUUUGCAUUUGAUUUUGAUGGAUUGUAUGUCGAUGUCUUGGCCUACGAACGAGGACUUCCGGGUGUAACUAUUGAUUUUGAUGUUCAUAAAUAUGACCCUGAGGAUGGGGAACUUAAGUAUGUGGAAGGUUCGUGUUUGGGUGGUUGGGCUCUUUUUGUCGGCUUGUCCAGCGAUGCAGUCGCGUUGCGGGCGGCUGAUUUCCCGGAGCUCAAGCCAAAUUCGAUUUACUUCACGGAUGCACUAGAAGAUGCAGUGAUUGAAGAUGACAAUUUCCCAACGGGUGGCCAUGACAUUGGCAUUUUCAAUUAUGAGAAGAAGACUGUGUCGCCAUGCUAUUAUCCAUGUGAUACCAACAACAUGAGAAAGACUUUCCCAGCGCCUAUGUGGUUCUUCCCAAGUCGUGAAGGAUGUCAUACUGAUUAA